AUGCUGUGUGCCUAGGUCAGAGCCAUGCAGGCUUCCUGAUUGUAGGAGUAGUCUCUGUUUUCUGUGAGCCUCUAUGAAGCCAGGUUAGUUGAUGCUGUGGGUUUUCUUGUAGUGACCUUGACCCGUCUUACUCAUCUACAAUCCUUCCUCCCUGUCUUUUGCAGGAUUCACUGAGCUUCACCUAAUGUUUGGCUGUAGGUCUCUGUUUCUGUUUCCAUGGAAACUUCAUCUGCUAUGAGCAGAAUAUUAGGAAUCAUCAUUCCACUUACUCUCCCCCCACCCCCUUCCUUGUUUUUUGCCAGGCACAUUUGGUUCUGGAUAAGGUCUCUGGGCUGUCUGGCUUCUGGUUCCUGGCCCUCCAGGCGGUGUCAGGUCGGUAUCUGGACUGGUCUCAGCUGGUAAAUGACUGCAUUGUCCUGCCUUCAGUAACAAAUGAAAUUGAAGUCAUCAGUGCUUUGAGGCUGAUAAGUUCUGGGUGUUCAGUUCCACACCCAGUGGUUCCUGCUGAGUCUUUUCAAUCUCUAGUUCCAUCAAGCAGUCACCAAGGUUCUUUACAACAUAGCUGUGUCCAGUAGCUAAUUGCACAGUGUUUUGAGUAAGAAUCUAGGACCAAACCAUGAAUAUCCUCUCACUCUCAUGACUCUAUAUGAUUCUCCUUCUCUCAAGUGUAUUCCAGUAUCCUCUGUGUUUCCAAGGGCAAAACCAAAACCAAGCAACUUACAAACAUCAUGAAUGAAUAUGUGGAGUUGGUGUCGUUUGAGGAUGUCACUGUGAAUUUCACCUGGGAGGAGUGGCAGAAUCUCAGUGAUGCUCAGAGGAUGCUGUACAGGAAUGUGAUGCUGGAGACAUACAGCAGCCUGCUGUCCCUGGGGCAAUGCACCCCUAAACCUGAGUUGAUCUUCAAGUUGGAACAGGGAGAGGAGCCAUGGACUGCAGAAGACCCUGCACCCAAGACUCUGCCAGUCUUUUGCAGUAUGGAUGGCAUAAUUGAGACCAACCAGAAGAGUCUAGAGAGACAUUUGUGGCAAGUUACGGCCAAUGAUCACAAUAGAGCAACUGAGAAAGCAGAUGGAUUAGCAAACACUUUUUAUUUAUACUCCAUGAAUAUUUCAAGUUUUGUUGUUAAUAAUAGAAACUGUUCAGGAGUGAAGCCUGAGGAGUUGAAUGGAUAUCUGAAUACGCGUCUCCCUUCUGAGCCUCAUGGAUUGUGCACUGUAGAACAAUGUAACGACUGUUGUGCAGCAGGGGAAUCUGUCAGAUGUCCUGAGCAGUUUGGUCAGCAGUCCAAGAUUCAGACUGGACAGCGGGACUUUGAAUAUAUUGGAGAAGGGGAAGAUGCAAAGGCGGAAAAUCUAAUGAAAAAAAUCAUUUCAUCUAAGAGACUCCAAAUGGGACUGACUUCCUGUAAGCAUAAUGAACAUGAGCAGGUUUCUGUUCAGUCAGACGUCAUGGCUAAGGAAGGGAAGGCAACUUUCAGUGAGAAGUGUGAUCUCACUAAACACCAAGCAACAUACGCAGGGAGAACAUCUUGUAAGUGCCUUGAAAAUAAGAAAACCUUUACCAGCGGAUUAGACCUUACAGUUAGUCAGAGGACACAUCACCAGAAAAAAGACCAUGUAUGUAUCCAGUGUGAGAAACCCUUUAGCACUAAAUCUUCCCUUACUGUUCAUCAGAGAAUUCACACAGGAGAAAAGCCCUAUGGAUGUAGUGAAUGUAAUAAAACCUUCAGACAAAAGUCAGCUCUCAUUGUACAUGAGAGAACUCACACUGGGGAGAAACCCUUUGAAUGUUAUGAGUGUGGGAAAGCCUUCCAACAUAAGUGGUACCUUAAAACGCACCAGAGAACUCACACUGGGGAGAAACCAUAUGAGUGUAAAGAAUGUGGAAAAGCCUUUCUAAAGAAAUCAUACCUCAAAAUGCAUCAGGGAACUCACAAGAGUGAUAAACCUUAUGAAUGUGAAAAAUGUGGAAAAACCUUCCAUAACAGGUCGUACUUCAACAUGCAUCUUAGAACUCACAGUGGGGAGAAGCCCUAUGCAUGCAGUGAGUGUGGAAAAGCCUUUUACCAAAAGUCAGACCUCAGGAGGCAUCAGAAGAUCCACAACAGUGAGAAAUUACACGAAUGUAAAGAAUGUGGAAAAGCCUUUCAAAAUAAGUCCUACCUCAAAACUCACCAGAAAGUUCACACAGGUGAGAAACCAUAUGAGUGUAAAGAGUGUGGGAAAGCGUUUCAAAACAAGUCAUAUCUCAAUAAGCAUCAGAUAAUUCACACAGGUGAAAAGCCCUAUGAAUGUAAUAAAUGUGGGAAAACGUUUCAGUGGAAGUUAGUCCUCAGUAAGCAUCAUAGAAUCCACACAGGUGAAAAGCCCUAUGAAUGCAUUCAGUGUGGAAAAAUGUUUGGCUACAAAUCAUCCCUCAUUGUACAUGAGUUGAUUCAUUCUGGGGAGAAACCUUAUGAAUGUAAUGUAUGUAGAAAAACCUUUUCACAGAAAUCAAACCUAAGCAGGCAUCAGAGAACUCACCGACAUGGGGAGCUGUGAUAGGAAUGGUUAUGGGUGUGGUCCCGUGUCCUGCCUCCCCUCUGGAGGUGCACAGCAGCCAGUGCACUGGCUUGGGGAAGACAAAUCGAAGUCAGGGACAGGGGUCUGCAGUUUAGGUUUGUCUUGGGGUGUCAGACACUGCUGCAUGCCUGGCUGGAAGGGUGAAAACAGUGCAGGAGGGGAAGGAACUUGGUCCGGUUUGGAGUGAGUGCCGAGUGUCAGAGGGGCAGGAGAAGAGAGACGUCUUCUUCUGGAGUUUUAGUGUUAUGGCUCCUUUAAGUGAAGGCCUUCCCUGUGGCGAUCUUUAAUGAAGAGGCUCUCUGAGACUGAUCUUAGCUUGUUUGUAUAGCUUUAUUGGGGGUGGAUGUGAACACAUAUGCUUAUUCUGGGUGAAUGAGGGAUAAUGUAAUUAUGGGGAAGGGUAUGAGAAUAUCCAGAAAGGGAAGGUCAUUGGCUGAAGGCUAAGGCUAUUGAGAUGCCUCAUUAGCAUGGAUAGGCCGUUCCAGGCUCUAGGCCCUGUGCUAUAUGGCUGAGUUCCUAUGGUCACAUUAGUUAAGGCCAUGAUUAUGUGCUCCAGAGUGGGGCAUAGAGGCAGGGAGGGAGCAGCCCUACUCCUGCCAUUUCAGAUCUCUGAGGUUCCCAGGGUUUGAGCAUCAAACCACUUCACCAGUCUCAUGCCCAUCUGGUGGCACAGUCCAUCUUCCCUAUAUCUACAAAGGCAUUUUAAUCUCAUAAUGCAUCAAGAACUUCAAGCAAGAAUCCACUUCAGGGGCUGGAGAGAUGGCUCAGCCUUCCAGAGGUCCUGAGUUCAAUUCCCAGCGACCACAAGGUGGCUCACAAAAGAGGGUAUCCGAUACCCUUUUUUGGUGUGUCUGAAGACAGCUACAGUGUACUCAUAUUAAAAAAAAAAACAACCCACUUCAGUUCGAGUGUGUAGGUGUUCUUUGUAUAAAACAAAUGUCAAUUUACAAAGAGAACCCACAUGGGGUUGAGAAAGUUUAGGAAUGUGUUGAAUGACUAUGAAGGAAGUUUCCCUAGUUCUUGUACUUGAGAACUUAUAAGACCACUCACACAGGAAUGAAUAAUGGAAUAACCGAGGAAAAACAUCCCCCAAGAGGUCAAAACUUGGAGUGCAUCUAAGUAUCGAGAUGGAAGGAAAUAUUUAGAUUAGGAGGAAUGUAAAGAAUAUAAAAGUUUGACCCAUGGUUUUUAUUCAAUAUAUCUGAGAGAAUUCAUAUUGGAGAGAAUCUCAAUGAAUGCCAUGGAUGUGGAAAAUGCUUUCAUACCAUAAUUUAGAAAAAUCUGUGAGGUAAUUAAAGUUGAAAAUAAUUUUGACAUCAUUCAUGCCUUAAUAUACAUGACAAAGUCAACAAUGGAAAAACACUCUUGAAGAAAUAUAAUGAUUAAAAAACUGGAAGUCACUCCUUGUUAAAUAUGAGAUCACCCUGUGAAGAAAGUCUCUGUGAAUGGAGUCACUGGGGAAAUGUUCCAGUAGAAGUUUCACCUCAGUAUGCAUAAGACAACUUACUCAGAAAAGAGAACUUACUCAGCAGAGUCUAGAGGAAGUCUUAUGAUGUUGAUGAACGUCAUUCGAAACCUUUCAACCCCAAGUGCAUCCUGUCUAAAGUAAUGCAGUCCCUGGAGAGGGAGCAGAGCCUGAGGGAAUAGCCAACCAAUAACCAAGCCAACUCGAGACCUGUCCCAUGGGUGAGCACCAAUCCCUAACACUAUUAAUGAUACUCUGUUAUGCUUGCAGACAGGAGCAAGUUGUCCUCUGAGAGGCUCCAUCCAGUAGCUGACUCAGACAGAUACA